AAACAAGACCAAUUCUCCUUUAUCUUAUCAAAUUCAUCAUCAUAAAAAAAAUUAUCAUCACAAAUCCAAACAUCAUCUCAACCGUAAUCAUCAUCAACAUCAUCAAAGGAGAACAAACAAAAUCCCACUUAAUUGUUGUCUCUCCAAAAAAAACUGAUUUUCCUCUCUUUCUCUUUAAUUGCUAUUUUCUUUUGUCCAGUUAUGAGAGAGAUAGAAAGACCAAAGAGAAAACGUUGGAUAACAUCAUUAAAAAGAAAUCCAUAGUGACCACAAACAGUUCCCAUGAUCGAACAUCACUUUAUAAUCUCCAUCCGAUGAUUAGUAAACGAACUGAUUGUAAGAAAGAAACAAAAAAAAAAUCAACUAAUCAUCAACAAAGACACAAUAUUGAAAACUGAAUCAUUCAUUUUCACUUCUCUCACCAACAACAACAAAAAAAAACGAAAUCAUCAAUUGUUAUCAUCAUGAUUAAUCCAAGAUCACAGGCUGUAUUAAUCGUUCUCGAAAAUUAAUUGUAACAAGGUGUUAAAUAAUCGACAUGUAAACAAAUUAUAAAAUUAAUUGAAAAUUGUGCGAAAUUAAAAUUUUUACGAGAGGCGUCAACCAUUUAUAUCGAUUCAUCGAUAAUUGUUUUCUUUUUUUUUUCUUUUCUGUUUCUCUUCAUUUGGAUUUUUAUUUUCGGAGAAAAAUUUUGUUUAUCUUUUUCCCUUGUCAUUUAUUUUUCUAUUUGCAAUUUAAUCAAUUAUUUCUAAUUGUUGAUUAACUUCGAUUAAAUCAUUAAUUAACCAUGGCUGCUUAUUUAGAUUCCAUGGGAGACGAAGAGAUGCUUGAACCUUCAUUGAGAAAUAUUCUAGAAUUGGAAUCAUUGAAAUGGGUUUUUGUCGGUGGCAAGGGAGGAGUUGGUAAGACUACCUGUUCUUGUAGUCUUGCUGUUCAAUUGGCUAAACGUCGUCCAUCAGUUUUAAUCAUCUCAACUGAUCCAGCUCACAAUAUAAGUGAUGCUUUUAAUCAAAAAUUUUCCAAAGUACCAACAUUGGUAAAAGGAUUUACCAAUCUACAUGCAAUGGAAAUCGAUCCAAACCUUGGAGUUGCUGAAUUACCUGAUGAAUUUUUACAAGAAAGUGAUCCUUUAAGAGGUGCAUCUAAAUCCGUUAUCUCUGAGCUUCUCGGUGCUUUACCUGGUAUAGAUGAGGCUAUGUCUUAUGCUGAAGUGAUGAAACUGGUUAAUUCAAUGAACUUUUCAAUUGUAGUGUUUGACACCGCUCCAACUGGUCACACUCUACGACUUCUAUCAUUUCCUGCUAUGGUUGAAAAAGGUUUAGGUAAAUUGUUGAGAUUUCAAUCUCAUCUAUCACCAAUGAUUUCUAAUUUCGCUAGUCUUUUGGGACUCACUGAUUUCUCACCCGAUGCCAUGUCAGCCAAGAUUGAGGAAAUUUUACCAAUCAUACGAACGGUUAAUGAACAAUUCCGUAAUCCCAGCCUGACAACUUUCGUCUGUAUUUGUAUACCCGAGUUUUUAUCCCUCUAUGAAACGGAAAGAUUGGUCCAAGAAUUAACUAAAUGUUCAAUUGACACUCAUAACAUUGUGGUCAAUCAAUUACUGUUUCCCAAAAAGUCCGAUGAUAAACCAUGUCCAAUGUGCACCGCUCGGAUUAAAUUACAGAACAAAUAUUUAGAACAGAUAAUGGAUCUUUAUGAGGAUUUUCAUGUUGUUAAAUUACCACUUUUGGAUCAUGAAGUUCGUGGUGCUGAACAAAUUGUUGAAUUCUCGAAAAAUUUGGUUGAACCCUAUGAUCCAGAUCGACGAAAUUAAUUAGCCAAACCAUCAAUAUAUUUAUAUAUACAAAUGUAUAUGCAUUCAAAUUCAAACAAGACCAAUAGGAAAACCUUGACAAAAUUGGAACCAAUCAGUUAAUUUUAUCUGAUAAUUAAACUACUACAAGGAAAGAUAAAUGCAAAAACAAAAUUAACAUGAAGAUAAACAAACAUGAAAAUUUUCAAAUGAAAACAAAAGUAUAACCAAAAUUUACUUUCAAUGCAACAAUCAAAGCAAAACAAACUAUUAUAACCCAUUAAUUUUCCUGGUGAAUUUAUGAUUAAGGUGUAAUUGGAAUAUUAAAUUAACGAGAAGCAAAAAAA